AUGAAAAAAAUGGAUUGUAAAUGCUCGGUCGAAAGUAUCGAUCAAAUCCGAGAUACUAAAGUGCAAAAGAGGAAGUCUACCGAAUUUUUGAAUAUGUCUACAUUGAUGGAUAGCAAAGUAGAACCGUUAUUCCAUUUACCGAAAGAAUUGAUCGAUUGUACAAAAUUCAAAAAGAAGAAAACCGAACAAACCAACGUACGAAAGACAUCGUACACGAUGCGUCGAUUUAAAAAGGAAAAAUUUCGUAGAUAUUUAGUCGGCUUGAUAAUGAAGCCGGAAUUAUCGAAAAUGAAUGAGGAUUUACAGAUCGACAAAAGUAUAAAUAGAUAUUAUUAUUACAUCUCUCACGGUGUCGAUACGACUCAAAUAGCACGAAUUCAAGAGAGUGUUUUGAAUAAAAUAUUGAGAUUAGUUCCGCAUAAAUUGCUCAACAGAUUCGUCGACUACACGAAUAAAUUGUUGAUGGAAAUAGAAGAAGAUUUUUCGAGGAAUAUAAAGAGGGCCGUAUUAGAAUCAGCAUUGUUGAAUCCUUACGAGGAAGAUCUACAUUACAAGGAUGAAACCCCGGUGGUUCGAGUCGAUACUCAAUGUAUCGAACGAUACAGAUAUAUUCUAGAAAAGAAUAUACAUUUGAUAAAUCCAUGCAUGAGUAUGACUUUGGAACAAUGGUUCGUCGAUUACGAGUACGUAAUUACAGAUUUGCUUCCACUUAUUCCGAAUACAUUGAUACAUCUACAUCUAUUUUUCAGGACUUUUCGCCUAUUUAACUUGGAAGACAUCGUCUCGCAGAAGGAGAGUUGGGAUUUAAUAGAUUUUCAGAAUUUAAUCCUUCGACAAAUCGCUAGAGCGAAGCGCCAUUUGUAUAAGUUUUGGUACAGUGGUAUACAGAAUAUAUAUUUCGAGAAUAAUAAGAAGAAUUUCGUGCCUAGUCCUUUGCAACGUAAGCGCUUUAAAAGAUUUUUCGAUUGCACUGCAACGUUGAUGGAGUCUCAACUGUUGGAAGUGUGCGAGAAAACCCUUCAGGAUUUUAUGAAAUACAUCGUUACGUGCGCGCCUUCCACUCCUACUUUUAAAAUAAAUUUAGUAAUACAAUCGAAGAAUUUGGUAUUCGAACCGACGUUCGAACAAUUUAAAGAAACGUUUUACAAUAUUAUAGACAAUUUUUGCGAGACGGUGCAAAAUUUCGAAAGACUCGAAACUCAACUUUAUAUUGGUUGGGGCGGUCCGCAAACAUUUCUUAAGGUAUUCAAGAAGCAGAGAGAGAGAGAGAGAGAGGCUGUUAUUUUAUCUAGAAAACACUAUGAUUUUUCAUUUUUACUCUUUUAGCCGAACAUAUCAGAGACUAUGAUCGAAGAAUUGAAAAAAGAAAUUUGCGAUUUGAUUGAAAGAUUAAGGCUUGUUCCGGAA